UUGGAUCUUGGGAAGGUGGUUCUGCCGUUGGGGGUCAGGUCGCAGUUCAUUUUCAAGCUCUUUGUCAUGAUGAAGAUUGUGCUGGGAGCUUCGGCUGGGUCCGCCUACUGCCUCGCAGGGAUGUCUCUGGUCUUACCGCUGCAGUUCAAUCGAGUUCGGGAAGAGUUCAUGGGAGCACAGCAGUGUCUGGGGAUCGUACCUAUCCUUGUCGGAGCGUUUAUACUUGGAUGCGGGAUGGCGCUGGCAGGGGGCUGCACAGGGAAGGUCCUUGUGCAAGUGGGUUCAGGCAUUCCUUACUCGUGGGUAACUCUCCUUGGCUGCUUCUCAGGUGCAGCUUUCUAUGGGAUAGUGCAAUCGAAGAUUGAGCCUUACCUGAUUGUUGGGAAGAUGAAGUCGCCCAAAUUGGAGGACUACGGGCCUCUGAAGAAAGUACCCUUCUUUGUGCUUGCGACUGGUCUUGCAGUCUGCAUGACGAUCGUCAUUGUUAUCCUCGAGGUUCUCUAUCCUUGGUAUGAGACUAUUCCAGGAGGGACGACGCUGUGGAGAACUGUGGUUCCACCUCAGUUUACGGGCGCGAUUCUCGGGAUCCUGCAGAUCCCGGCAGUUCUACUGUUGAACGAGACACUUGGAGGCAGCUCUGCGUACAUGACGUACACCUCUCAGUUUCUUCGCGUCUGCAAGGACUGCCCAGUUGUGCUGGGUCACCUCAACAGUUUCAGGACGGGGGUCGCCAACUCUUGUUCGGCCGUAGCGCUUGUGUUCACCAUCGCAGGAGCUGCGAUCUCAUCCAUCGCGGGAGGGACAUACGGGAAGUAUGAGGGGGUGUACCCGAUAGAAGCGUUUGCAGGAGGCUUUUGUGUUAUCUUCGGGAGCAGGCUUACUUCGGGAUGCUUCACCGGGCAUGUGUUUUCUGGUGUCGCGCUGCUGUCACUGAAGUCCAUGAUUGCGGCCCUCACGAUUUUCGCUGGAGCGAUCACAGUAGGAUUUGUG